UCGUUCCGCUCGUCGGCUUUCCAGAGCUGGGGCUAGUGUUACAUCUCAUUUUUGUUUUUGUGUAUUUGGCUUCUUCACAGGACUUGAACUACACAGCCAUGCCAAAGCACCUUAGUCGCAUGAUUGUGCACUUCUCGAUGGACCUGCACCGGGAGCUGCUGAAGUCUAGGCAUGACAAACUCGAGAACAUCGUCUCUUCGCCGUACAGCAUUGCGACAAGCCUCUCCAUGAUGCUCUUCGGAGCGCGUGGCAACACCGCUGAAGAGCUCUUGAGUGUGCUACACGCAAGGGAUGAAAAAGUUCACGAUCAGUUCGCGUCGUUCUUGCCGAAGUUGUCGAGCCACUCCCACAAGCUGCAGUUCCACGCCGCCAACAGAAUCUACAGUGACCUGAAGUUUCCAGUCAUUGAUGAGUGCGCGGCCUUCCUGAACUCUACGUACUCCUCCACCAUCGUGUCCGUUGACUUCCAGAACAACAGCGAAAACAUUAGAGCCCAGAUCAACGACUGGGUGAAGGAAGUCACGGAGUCUAAGAUAACGGAUCUCCUGGCUCCAGGAACCGUCGGCCCUUCGACCAGCGUGAUCUUAGUCAACGCCAUCUACUUCCGCGGGUUCUGGGAGUCACCGUUUCCGGCCACUAACACGUCGCGCCGCGAUUUCAACUUCAACGCCAAUACCAAAGUGCAGGUGGACAUGAUGUCCCAGAAGCAAGAUUUUGCGAUCGCUCACAGUGAUGAGCUUUCGGCCAGGGCCAUCGAGAUGCCUUACAAAGGCGGCAGAGCGUCCAUGGUCAUACUACUGCCCGACGCAGUCGAUGGGCUGUCGCAUCUAGAGCAUCACCUGUCGCAUUCCAAGCUGUCUGCGAUCCUGGCGGACUUCAAGGAGACACCGAACGUCCAGUUGAGCAUGCCCAAGCUCUUGCUCCAGCAGAGUUUUUCUCUGAAAGACACCUUCCUGGCCAUGGGAGUCAGCGACCUGUUCUCGGCCAAGUGCGAUCUCUCGGGCAUGUUCAAGACCGGAAAUCCCUCCGUGUCCGACAUAGUCCACAAGGUGUACCUGCAGGUUGAUGAAGAAGGCACGGAGGCUGCAGCGGCCACGGCUGCUAUGGGGUGCGGGUCUAGCGGCCCAGGAGUGACGCAAACAACAGAGUUCAUGGUUGACCAUCCGUUCAUGUUGUUCAUUUUGAGGAGCAAGUCCGACGUGGUCUUGUUUAUGAGCUCCGUGAGACAUCCGUGAGAGAUCCGGGAUGUUUCUUUCUUGUGCCAAUUCUCGACUGUCGUCGACUGUGUACAGCGUUUGGACAUGUUAUUUUACAGGAAAAAUUAAUAAA